GACUCUCAGCUGUACCACCACCCGACUCUCUCCCCUCGACGCUCUCUUUGCUGGCAAUGAGCUCUGCGCUGUCGACGAUGACCCACUCGUCCUCCUCGUCGCUCUCUUCGUCGUCGUCGGUUUCAGUUAUCAGCACGUCAUCGUCCCUUUCAUCGUCCUCGCUUUCCUUCUCCGAAGUCUCUCCCUCUCCCUCUCCCUCCUCCUCCCCCUCCUCCAAGACAUACGCUUUCUGUGCCACCUCCUUUUCACACUCUGGCCUCCCUCUUCCCCCAAAGAAUCCCUCUCCACCCACUGCCCCUAAUCACAGCUGAGUUUUUCUCUGUAA